UUAUCACUCCUCCACACAAAUCUCCUAUCACCAGAAGAUCCGUUUCUCAACCUGGAUGAAUCUGGAAUACGGCCUUUUUUUGAUAGGGGCAAAUCAUCAUUAGAUGCAUAUACUCCUGAUUCACCAAAACAGGGCUUCACAGAACUAUCUUCUCAACGAGCAAGUGACUUAGAGCACGAUGAUUUUGAGGAGGAUAAUGAAGAAAAGGAGAGCAGACUAAGAAGACAAAUUUUGCUUCGGCGAGAGGAGCGCCUACGCCUUCGAUUGAUAGAGGUUAGCUCAUUUCAAGAAAGCUACGAACGCUACGAUUUCAGUUUUACUGUUAUUUGGACUACGCUUUUUCCGCCGUCUUUUCUGCCUACUUAA